AAGGCUGUGGUUCUAGAUUGUAAAAUUUCACUUGCGAAUCGCGUCUGCAAAGCGCUGAAAGUGCGUUUUCCGUGCCCGUCGGAAAACGCACCUACGCUCACGCCCAACGGUGGCCGCAUCGUGUCGUUCGUGAAGGGUGUAAAAGUCGCUGCAAAUCAAGUGUUGGUGGGCUCGUGAAGAACGCACUCCUCCUCUGCUACCGUGUGAGCGUGAGCCAGCGAAAGAAAUCGAUAUACAACUUUCUAUUGAAUCGUGUCCUGCGCAUGGUGGUCCUGUUGUGUAGGCUGCCUGAGCGAGCUUCUAUAUUCCCUUCUUGCAAGGGAAUAGAACUCCUGAAGCAGCAGGACCCCUCGCAACAACCAUCGCACAGCCCCACGAAAGUCAGUGCGAAUGCGAAGUGACCACCAACAAACGGUGGGCGAGUGAAAAAUACGCCAGAAACAAAAAUCGGUACGAGUGAAAAAAGUGAAAAAGGCAGUACCGCCUACUACGAUAGUGAGUGUGUGUGGUGGUGCUGGCAGGGCAGCAAGAAUUUCUUCGCUGCUCCCGGGAGUGCCCUAGCAGCAGCAGCAGCAGCAGCAGCGGUUCCACCUAACUUCGCUCGCCACGGCCGCCCACAGUGCAUGGAUAUUACUGGUGGCCCUUCCCCACUGAUAAACGGUCACUUAGAACCGAACGCGUAGAACGUCGAGCGAAUAUCUCUUGUGUGUGUGUUGUUAUCAUCAACCAGCACCAACACCACCACCACCAGCACCAGCAGCAACAUGAACGCAUCCGACCCGUUCGUGAUAACGUCCCGCGAGAGGCUCAAGUACGAGGACCAGUUCAAGUCGCUGCAGCCGGUCGACGGGGUGGUAACGGGCGGGCAGGCCAAAGGAUUCUUCCUCCAGAGCCAGCUGCCCCCGCAAAUACUCGGCCAGAUAUGGGCCCUUGCCGACACGGAUGCGGACGGGCGGAUGACGCUGGGUGAGUUCAGCAUCGCCUGCAAGCUGAUCAACCUGAAGUUGCGUGGAUUCGAAGUGCCGAAGGCACUGCCACCGACGCUCAUCGCAUCGCUCACAGCCGUCGGCGGAACGCCCAUCCUUACGCCCACUUCCGGCCUGAGCCCGCUCGAUCCGCUCAAGUCACUGUCCGGUUCGAUCGGAGUCGUCCCGCAGCCCCAGCCGCCCCUGAUGGCACCGCAUGCCGUUCCGCACGCGAUAGUGCCUCCACUGAUGAACAAUCAAAUGGGGGUGGCCCCGCAAACGGUCGUCCCGGGCAUGGGACCGGGUGGUGUGCCACCGCCCAAGCCGGCUCUUCCACCGCAACUGAUCGCUGCGUCCGCCGCAGGCCCACCGCUCAUCCCGAUGGGCCAACCGUUGAUUCCGGGAAUGGCAGCACCCGUCCAGGCCGCUGUCAUGCAACAGCCACUGAUCGGGGGAUUGGUUGGGAGCGCUCCGACCAUUCCACCGACCGCUGCCGUAAAGCCACUGAUCGAUCCACUCGGAAGCGUGUCGGCGGUACCGCUAGUGGGCGGUGUAGCAGUUCCGGCUCCACCGACACCGCCCCAUUCCGGCGGUGGAACACCCGCCCGCUCGAUGUCUAUCUCGGAACGGGCCCCAUCUAUUGAAUCUCCCGGACAAAUUGAAUGGGCAAUCAAGGGUCCGGCCAAGCUCAAAUACACCCAGCUGUUCAACACGACUGAUCGCAACCGCAGCGGCUUCCUCACCGGACCGCAGGCCCGCAACAUCAUGGUGCAGACGAAGCUUCCACAGGCGAUGCUCGCCCAAAUCUGGGCCCUGGCCGACAUGGAUACCGACGGUCGGCUCGGCUGCGAAGAGUUCGUGCUCGCCAUGUACUUGUGCGAUAUGGCCGCCGCUGGUGAGAAGGUUCCGACCACGCUGCCGCCCGAGCUGGUGCCGCCGUCGUUCCGCAAGGCGACGUCGCGCCACGGUUCGGUGGUGGGCUCGCGGCACGGUUCCGUCUCCUCCCAGGGCGCACCGGUGCAUGCCGCCGUCGAGCUAGAUCCGCUAUCGGGACUGCCACAGUCCUCGUUCGAAGACAAGCGCAAGGAAAACUUUGACAAGGGUCAGGCCGAGCUGGAACGGCGACGAAAAGCGCUGAUGGAUAUUCAGAAGAAAGAACAGGAGGAACGUGAGCGCAAAGAACGCGAAGAGCAGGAAAAGAUCCGCAAAGCCAAGCUGGAGGCUGAGCUUAAGAAGCAGCAAGAGCUGGAGAAAGAACUGCAGCGCCAGCGCGAACUUGAGCAAGAGCGUGAGGAACAACGCAAGCGUGAGCUGGAGAAAAAGGAACUCGCUCGAAAGGAAAUGGAGAAGCAGCGCCAGCUGGAGUGGGAAACGCAAAAGAUCGCGGAAAUGCAGCAGCACCGGCAGCGGGAGCAGGAGAACGUGCUGAAGCUGAAGGCGCAGAACCAAUCGCUGAGCGUCGAGCUGAGCACGUUCAACGAGCGCAUCAAGGAGCUGUCGCAGAAGAUCUGCGACACGCGCGUCGGCGUGACGAACGUCAAGAGCACGAUCGACGGUAUGCGCACCACGCGCGACACGCAGAUGGCCGAGAUGACGCAGCUGAAGGCGCAGGUGAAGGAGCAAAACCAGCGGCUGGUGCAGCUGAGCCAGGAGAAGGCCAAGCUGGACGCGAAGAGCAAGUCGGGCGAAACGGAAAGCCAGCUGCAGUUCACCAACAAACAGAUUGUCAUACAGCAGCUGAAGGACAAGCUAGAAAACACCAAGCAACAGAUCGAAAACAAAACGACCGACAUCAAUCUGAACCGGGACCAGCUGGUUGAGCUGAAAUCCCAGCUGACCGAUCUGAUUGACGCAUGCGAGCAGCUGUACGGUGAAUACGACAUGCAGAGAAUUCAGAUCUUGGAGAUGAAAAACAACCGCAAAAACGAAUCGUACAGCAGUGCGUGGGAUACAUCCAACUCGUGGGGCGCUCCGGAUACGACCACGACGCACGCAGCACUCAACAGCGAACCGGCCGCACCGGCCGCUAGCGUGACAGCUGGCUCGGGCGAGGAUGUGCAAACGCCACCGGGCUACGUGAAGUACCGGGCGAUCUAUGAGUUUAGUGCACGAAACAGCGACGAGAUUUCAUUCCAGCCCGGCGACAUUGUGAUGGUACCGCUGGAGCAGAAUGCCGAACCGGGCUGGUUGGCGGGUGAAAUCAACGGUCACACUGGCUGGUUCCCGGAAUCGUUCGUCGAAAAGGUGGACAGCAACCUGAACGUGGUCGAAGCGGUCCCAGAAACGAUAGCGUACAGUGAGCCGGAAGUUGAUUACACGACCACCACUACUACCACCACCACCAUCGCCGCAUCCGCCGCCGCCGCCGCACCAGUCGAAGAAGAGUAUCACGCACCAAACGAUAAUACAGAGGCUACCUGCAACGGGGAUGUGGAAUAUUAUGUCGCCUGCUACGCCUACCAGUCGGCGGAGGCAGGCGAUCUUGUGUUUGACGCAGGGGAAACGAUCGCCGUUUCGAAGAAGGAGGGCGACUGGUGGACUGGCACCAUCGGCAACCGGACUGGCAUUUUCCCUUCGAACUAUGUGCAGAAACACGAGGGCGAGGUUAUGAACGGCAAUCAAGCGACAUAUAACGAGCAGCCAACCAUGCACCAGGAACCGGAACAGCAGCAGCAGCAGCAGCCGCAAGCGUACGAGCAGGAAACCAAACGAAAGCAAUCGGCCACUGCCGCCGGCAAUACUCAGGACGCGGAGGAUGCACGCAACCAGGCCGAAGCGGACUCGGAAGUGUCCCAGAUCAAUACUCAGCCACCUUCCGGUGCGUCCGCGAACGAGGAAAACAUUCGCUACUCCUCCAUGUCGAUGACGUCGGCCACGCCCAGCCUGCGGCGCAAGGGCGAGGUGGCACAGGUGAUCGCACCGUACGAGGCGACCAGCUCCGAGCAGCUAUCGCUGCAGCGCGGCCAGCUAAUAAUGAUAAGAAAAAAGACCGAUUCCGGCUGGUGGGAGGGUGAAUUGCAGGCAAAGGGCAGACGCCGCCAGAUUGGUUGGUUCCCGGCGACGUAUGUGAAGAUACUGCAAGGUGGACGAAACAGCGGCCGCAACACGCCCGUAUCGGCCAGCAAGGUUGAGCUGACGGAAACGAUUCUCGAUAAAGUCAUCGCACUGUACCCGUACAAAGCACUGAACGACGACGAGCUGUCCUUCGAGAAGGACGAUAUCAUUAGCGUGCUCGGCCGGGAUGAGCCGGAAUGGUGGCGCGGCGAGCUGAACGGCACCACCGGUCUGUUUCCGAGCAAUUACGUCGGCCCGUUCGUGUCGUCCGUUAUAUUUUAGCGCAAAACGGCACUGUAGCUGCAUGAUGCAGUGGAACAAAAACUUCUGCCGCAAUUCACUUGUUGUACCGCUGCAAAGAAGCGUAUGUUAUCUCAUAUCUCUUUCUAAAACUUUCCACCGAAUGCUGCGCGCGCGAAGGUAAUGUAUAACGGGCAGUAGGGCUUUCUGCUACCGUAACCAAAGCCCAAAAUGACACGUUGAAUCGGGACGGCUUAGCCAGUGGUUUCGCGCGGUUCAGCACCACCAGCGCUAGCAACCCGUAUCAGGCGAACUAUGGUCCCAGCAGCAGCACCAACGACGACGACAGACACGCUGUGGAACGUGCUGAGGACGAUCUACACAACAACAACAACUACAAUAAGCGAUACCACAACAAUAAAAUCAAUAACUAUAACACUAAUUAUAAUAACGCUAACUGUAACGACAACACUAUCAUUAACGAUAACGAUAUUAUGCAUCAGUGCAACAAUAAUAAUAAUAAUAAUCAACUAAUCAUGCGAGUAUUUCAGCGGCAGGCGCAGUAGCACCACCACCACCACCCUUAGUGAAAGACAAAACCCUCUUGCCCCUUCACUGUUAUAGGUGUAUAAUGUUAAUGUAGAAUUCAGUCAAACAAGAACGAAGGAAAGGGAGGGUUGGUUUAAAUUGAAUUGAACGCGCGCAUAGCGAAGGAGCGAACCACGCAUAGUAGUAUUCUAUUUACACAAACACAGACAUACACACAUAUACAAUCAUCGAACACAAACACACACACAUACAAACUUUCCCUGGGCUCUCUUUUGUCUGUUUCUCCCUGUCUUUCUCUUCCUGUCUAGAGAGGGAUUAAAAUGCAAAAAUGCAAAAAUGUCUAUGCAAACUCUGUUGAGGGUUGUUGUUGUAGCAGUAGCAGACCGCAACAAGAAUGAAGUAUUAUUCGAUUCUGUUAAUUAUAGUAAGAUAAGUUACAACUGUUAAAGUUGUUUAGCAAACCCAGAGGGCUUGGGCUUGGGUCGAUGGUUCGCUUUCCCAAACCAAUCAUAGCCGCGUUUUAGUCGUGUUUUCUUUUCACUCUCAAUUAAGCCAUUCAGCUCUGUUUAGUGAAUCAGAGAGAGCGUUCAGUGCGCGCAACUAUUCUAAAAGGGGGAUUUGGCGGGAGUUUGUGGCUCCCCUGGGUUAUGCUGGCGCUAGAGUGGUGGGAAGGGGCUAGUGUGUUUAGUGUCAUACAAAACCAGGGUCGAGACAUUGACGAUGAUUUGUAGAUAUUAACGAGCGUAGAUAUUUAGCUGUAUUCCCUCUCUCUCUCUCUUACGCGCACCGUAUCUUUAAAGCAAUGGUGAACUCUGGUGAACUUACAAUCACAGCAGCCGUGUGUAACGUGUUAAAACGUUUAGUGAAUCUAUAACAACCUACUGCAAUUGUGUUUGUUCCGUUAGUGGCUGUAGACGUGGUGAAGAAACGAAAAAUCGAUAAACAUUCCUAGAAGUGAAUUUAGUGAUCUGUAGCGCCGCCCAGCUGUACGUGGCUUUUGUUCUACGCAUAAACGGUAGGAACGGUCUUAUCUUUGGCUUGUUGCAUUUAACACAAACAGAAACAGAGUGCUAGAGGGUGGGGGGGGGGGGGAGGGAAACAAAGCAACCACAGCAUCUUUGCUUCGUUUUGCGCUCAUUUUGCGCAAUGCAUCUUUGAGCAAAGCAGUCAGUAUCUGUUGCAAUGCGCAUACAAAUGUAAUGUAUAGGGACUACUACGGUGUUGUUAUUGUAGGGUAAUUGUUUUUAUGUACGUUUAAGGUUUGAGUCUUAAAUGGAGCAGCUCUACUCAGUUUUUUUUUGUUUUAGGUACAAACAAAUGGGAAGAAAUCGUUUUGCAACUAUUAUGCUUGUGUUGCUGGAAGCAAACAGAAAUGCUAGGAUUAGCAAACAAACCUCCUUUCCAUUGGUAGUAACGAUGUGUGAUGUAUGUAAUUUUGUGUAAAAAUUAUUUAAAAAAAAGGAUAGACACACACACACAACACGUUAAGGAUGUGCCCCACGCAAAGCCACAGAGACGAUUCUCUUAUUGUCAGUGGGCCUGAUUGCGUUCGUUGUCAAUUGUUUACCGUUUUUUGUUCGCUAAAAAAAAAAGAAACGUUAUCCUCUCAGCGUGUCCAACGAUAACUACUAGAGAAAAAAGCCCGUUUAUUGUAAGUGUAUAUUAUUAAUUAAAUCGUAUUUAUGCCCUCGUUAUUCAUUGCGAACGUUUGAUUCGUGUUCGUCCAAAAACUGGAUAAUCAAUUACAACUAAAAAAAACGCAAAAGCAAGCAACUUUACUCUCUCUCUAUCUCUCUUGUUAAGCUCGUUAAAAACAACCCAACACACACACAAAGCAAGAAACAAAACUCGUUAUCCAAAUUUGCUAGUAUGAUGCUACUGAAGCAAACCUAUAUAUAUAUAUAUGAAUAUAUAUACUUACACAUAUGCAAAUAUAUACAUAUAUUUAGAUCUUACACGAAAACCUCUGGAAAAUCCCCUGGAGCCCCUCCCGAUCAUCUCUCUAAGUAUGUAUAUCCCUAAAGCAAAAAAAUAGCGAUGGUUCGCGGGAUUCAAACAGUACGAGGGGGAACGAUAAUAAAUGGGGUUCUUACUUCAAACCGAAGUGUGUUAUCUAUUUAUGCUGUAUUGCAAAAAAAACAAAGAGCGUUACAUGAAUUUAGUAGUGCGGGGUAGUGUGCGCGCGGAACCACAGUUGCUGAACGCGCGUGUAUUCUAUCUAUCUCACCACUCUCUAACCUCCCAUAUCCUAGAAUCGAUUCGGCAAUGCAAAGUUCAAGCUGAUAGAGUGUUUAGGUUGUAGCUUCUGUUGUUCCCCAAUUGCCAGGCCGGCCGCCUUCCUUGUACGAUCCGUACCGUACCGUAUCGCUGUACCAUACAGCAUCAUAAUCAAGAGCAAGCACACACACACAUACACACAUAAACACACAUUCACUCAUAAGAUAUGCGUAAAACUCAUGUGGGAGAGAAAAGAAAAUGCAUACAUAAGUGUUAAGUAUCAGCAAACUAGCGCAGUGGAAACCACAACGAGAGUUGCUAAAGUUCCAACCUUUUCCCAAAUAAUUGUACAACACUUUGUGUGAGUUCCUUUUUCAGCAGCAGCAUAUUCUCACUGGCUAAAAAUCUGCUAAAACGUUCAGCGAUCCCAACUGUGUGUUGUGUGUAAAUGUAAACGGAAAAUUGGGGAUAAACUCCCUCCAAAGCUAUAAAGCAAACACGGAAGACACACCACAGCAAAGUAAAAUCUAAUAAAGUUGAGAAUAAACAUGAGAAUAGUAGUUCCAAAUGAAAUAGAGAAACGAACAAAGCAAACAAAAAACAAAUCGAAAGAAAUAGUUGGUCAAUUUAAUUGUUCAACUCUUCUGUUGCUCUUUGAUGGUUGUACGAUUUUAAUUUUAGAUUAUUUCAAACAAAGAUUUUUGUUCUUUUAUUUAAGCUCUACUAUAUGUGCUUUAUUGCGCCACAUAAAACGAAGGUUCUAGAUGACAUUAUAAGCCAGCACUUGCACAGAUAACAAAUCUGCUACAAACUGUCCCACCCCUCUGUAGCGGAGUGGAUGUUGUAUAAAACCCCCGGCAAAAACAACAAAACAAAGAAAAACAAAGCUGCUAGCGUAAGCACGAAAGAUGCAACACGAAAGACUAAAACAAAACGUACAGCAAAAACCCACAGCUUCUGAACUAUAUACCACUGCAAAUGGACAAUUAUUAAGCUCAACCAUAACAAUAUUACAAAAAAAACAUAAAUGUAGAAACUAUAAUGAAGACACAUAAACGAAUGAACACAAACUUAUGAACAAAUAAAACAAAAAAACACAAGCAAGUAUGCAAACAGAAGAGGACAAAAUGGUCACUCAGCAUCAUCAUCAUGUUUCAUUCUGUUUUAAUCAUUUUCAAAAACCAUUACGUGUAACAAUCUGUGUGAAUGUGUAUGUUGUUCAAAUUCAUAAGAAAGGAAAUGGGGAGGGCAUAAAACACGGAAACAAUAUAUUUAUUUAUUUACCCCGUUGUUUACCGUGUUUACGUGGAAGAGACAAAAAAAAACGUAUGCAAAGAAACACACUGAUAUACUGAUGGAACAGUAAACAAAGCAAAAGCAAACAAAAAACAAACAACAAAAUAAUGGAAGAAUAUGAAAAUAUGUACUUUGGAAAAAUUCACACGAGACAAAUAAAACUGCAUUAUCCAUAACAAUAAA